CUUCUUUUCCUAAUCCUAACACAUAUCAAACCCAACAACAACACAGAGGUAGCAAUUUCUAGAAGAGAUUAGAGAAUAGCAACACCAACGUUGUUACAAUGCAGUUAACCAAGAACACAAUACUGAAUAUCUCCAAAUCAAUUCGCUUUUACGUUUUCCCUCGCCUUUCCACAGCUUCUCUAUCCACUGCUUAUGAACGUGCUGAGGGUAGUAAUGCAGUGGCAGAAGAAAGUGGGGAGAAGAAGAGAGAAGAGAACGAAGAGGAGGUGGCAAAAGAUGAUCCAAGAAAGGGUGUGGAAGGAGCUGAGAUGGUGAGAGAGAGUGGGAAGGAAUCCAUGGAUGGAGCUUGGAUGGCAGCUCAAGAAACACCACACAAGGUUAGAGACAAUCACAACAAGGCUUGAAGACAAAUCACACUCGCUUCAUCAUCCAACAUCAAAAUCUUAGCAAUUCCUUGUUAAACUUUUUAUGUGCAAUGUUUUAGAUAUGUUUUCCUUCGUAAACUUUUUUUAAUGAAAUUCAAAGGAGCAUUAGAAAUGUUUAAGUUUUUUUUAUUAUC